GGUCGGGAGACUAGAAGGGCCGCAAACAUGUAGGCAGACGACUGUCUGGGCCUGGCAGCCGCCAUGGACGCCAGUUGGCGGUCCUCCGUCCAUGGUGGUCGUACGACCGGCGCCCUAUGAUGAAGUCGGUCCGAAGCACAGGGUCUGGCGCUUCUGGUGCUAGACCACUAGGCCUUCGCACUCGAUCGUACUGCACAGGUCAUCGGUAUCUGAGCCUACCACAUUGGGCCGCUGCUCCACCCCCUCCGACCUUCUCGGUGAUCAGACCACGAGCCUAUGGCUGAUUUCGACUUAAAGCCCCGAUCCGAUCUUUCACUGGGGCUUCCAGCCAGAUCGGCCGU